AUGGGAGGAGGAACAAACUGCAACCUUGAUGGCGAUGACCGCCCCUGCCAGAAGUUAGCUAGUCGCCAUGAUGAUGAAUACAAUUCCGAGGUAGCGGCGGAGUUGAUCAACGAAUCGCAUAUUUUGCAAUUUACAUUUCAACAGAAGGAUAAAGCAUACCCGUACGUGAUUUACCUACCAGGGAGAAUGGCAGCACCUCUAGGUCCACCCCAGCCCCCAGAUCCAACAAUACCAGGGCCACCACCCGUGCUGUAUGCGAAGGGCUGGCUUCCAUGCGAGUUUGUCGAGCAACUCCAAGAUUCCAAUGGUUUACCCGUCACGGUGUCAACUGCUAAAGCCGAAAGCAUCUAUUGUGCUCGUGCGACCUUUGGUCACGGCCUAACGUGGCGGUCCACUGUGAUCAAUGGAACUGCACAUGCUCUCACCUUUGAGAAAAAGGAUGCAUGUGGAGAUUAUGAGAUUACAGAGCAAGAUAUAAAGGGGAAUGAGAAACUCUGGGGACUUCAUAAAAUCGUUAAUGGAAUUAUUCCUGAUCAAUGGGAGAAUACUCGUUCUCCUAUGAAGAAGGAGGUGGAUCUAGUCCUUGUUCUCCGAGUGGAUAUUGAUCCUAAACAAUCUCAUGUCCGUGUGCGCCAUGGGUUCAAUAGAUGGGAAGUAGGCUGGGAAACAUCCAAGCCAGAUGAAUAUUGGCAAGGAACUAUUCCCGUCUGGGAGACAUACGGCGAUCCAUUUUAUGGAGACACAAAGCAAGAUUUUCCACUACGGCUGAAACGCUUUUUUGAUCAAAAAAGUCGAAAGAAUAAGGGAUACGCCAUGGCGCAGGCGGGAAAGGAUUCUUUUCCAUGA